GCCUAGACAGACGAACAAAAUUAAUUGGCAUUAAGAAAUGAUAAUGCGCAUUGAAAUUUUAUAGUGACAGACGACAAAUUUUGUGCAUUUAUACAGCUGAUUGAGAAAUUUGUUUAUUUAUUACAAACGUGAAAUAAAAAUGGAUAAAAAAGAGUUAUUAAUGGCAAUUUUGGUAUUUUUGGAAAACAAAAAGAAAUUUAAUGAAAGAAUUAAAUUGUUAUUAAAUACAUUACAAGAUAAUGAAGUGCAAUUAAAAGCAAUAGUGGAUUUUAACGAAAUCAUACAUGCUGGACUUGUAUUCGCUCAGGAGCACCAUCGACAUAUUUGGAAAUUCGAUCGAGGUGGUAUAUUUUGGGAGCACGAUGUCCCAACCAUGGAUGACUCAAGGUUCAAAGAAAAUUUUCGGCUAGAUAGAAGGGCAUUCAAAAAAGUGUGCGAAAAGGUAAAGAGUAUUGGAAAAAUGGAUAGCAACAUGAGGCGCUGUAUCUCACUUGAAAAAAGAGUAGCUAUAGCACUCUUUUCUUUGGGUUCGGCAGCGGAAUAUAGGACUGUUGCUAGUUUGUUUGGCGUUGGGCGCAGCACAGUUGGAGAAAUUGUGAUCGAUUUUUGUCAUGAAGUAUGUGGUACUCUUUCGGAUUGCAUUAAUGCAUACUCCCCACAUCCGCAAGAAUUAAGAAGAAUUGUAGAAGGUUUCAAACUGAUGGGGUUCCCACAAUGCUUUGGUGCUGUUGAUGGCUGCCACAUCGAAGUGCAACCCAAAAAAGUGGAAGCCAUAGACUAUUACAAUUAUAAAGGCUGGUAUUCAGUCAUUUUGUUGGCAAGCUGUGAUCAGAGGUAA